AUGGCAUCGACACUCCAACCGACCGUCCUUGUCACAUCGAUAUCAACGACCAUACCUUUGACCACGUCUUUGCCACCAUUUGCAAGCACUUCUCAGACUGUCUAUGUCGAAUGCUUUUCAUCUGCUAGCGGAACGUGUGCAUCAUCCAGCACCCUGACAGCCGUCGCCAUCUUCGACUACUUUUUCGGGCUCAAUCUGACGACGACUGUGACCACUGUAAUCCCGGUCACGAUCACGACAGAGUAUGCUGCACCCACAGCCACGACGCCGUGCUCUAAACAGCAGUUUGAAAGGUGCAACAAAGCUGGACGUACCUUAAAGUUGUCAAACCCUUCGAGCAUUCUUGUCGUUCUCCUACUUGCUGUAUUCGUGCUCAUGUAG